UAUUAGAUCUAUCUAUUGUGCUCUAGCUAUUAACUUCUGUGGUUGCUCUUGUUAAACAUAAAAUAGCCCCCACUUCACUUCUGUAUUGAUUUGAUCUCAGUCUUUUCUUUCUGAAAAUAUUUUGGUUCGGUGGCUAAAGCAAAAUAUUAAUCAUGUUUAGUAGUACUUCCUGAAAUGCUCCCUCCUGCUCACAGGGCAGGCAUGACCAAAGAGGGGGACAGAAGGAGCUGGCAAUGGGAAAGCAUUCUUCCAAGCAUGCAGCAGGAGUUCCUGAGCAAGCACAAAUGAGAAGGGAAAUGGCUGACAAGAUAUACAUGCACCUUGUAGGCUCCCAGGUAACUCCUCCAAAUAACGUCUGCAUAAAUGGAAGCUGCUGCAGAUUUUGUUCUUGUAAGGGUUAGGACUGUCAGAAGUCCAGUGGUUACCCCCUCUUUGGCAGAUGCAAUAGAUGGAAGUGGAGAUACAGUUAAGCAGAAGAGGCAACAAAAACAGGUUUUGCCCAUUGCCUCUUCUCUGGUCACAGUCCUGCCUUCGCAGAGAAGUGUCUGACUCGUACUUCUUUACUCCUUACCACUACCAUCAGAGAGGACACAAAUCAUCCUUCUGAAACCAGAUCUGAACAGUUGUGGAGCUGGUCACUCAGCCCAAAGGAGGUUUCAUGCAGGAAAACUCUUUCCAGUCUUGCUGAAGUGUUGGUAAUCCUGCUGUCUGAGAAGACCCUUCAAACAUGUUAUGAGAGACCAUUUUUAGGACAUACAAGUGGUCCUAACUCUUCUCAGUUGCUGGGGUCUCCCUUCUACCAGGAGACUGCUCCUGUAUACUGGGAUUAUACACUGCCCUGGUAUCCUUCCUGAACAAAGAUAACGAGACUUCUGAAAGUGACAUCAUCCAGCAAUUCAGACACCCAGUCUUUCAGAAGAUUAUGCCAGGUCUCUGUGCUUCUUGGCUGUCCUCCCCCACAGGUCCAGAAAGGAAGAAAGGAGCUAUGUUGCAGUUGAGAAUAUCAGGAGUUGAAUGGCCUUUGGCAUUUAAUUUAAGCCUUUUCAAGCAAAGAUAAGCAAACACUUCCUCAGAGCAAAGUUAAGUCACAACCACAUUUAUAGCAAAAAAAUGUCCAAAGAGAAGUAAAAUAAAUCUCCAUUACAGUUGCAUAUUAAUGCAUACCCUGAAAAAUUAUUGCUGUUUGCAGGGUAGGAGAGCAAUGCUAGCUCAAUGCUCUUACAGUGUGCAAUUUAACAGGGAAGUUUUUUAUUUUACUUUCGGUUUGAGACUAAAAUCAAUUGGUAGACCAAAGGCAAAAUACUGGGUUUACUAGAAGACAGAAAACACACACCUCCUUUUGUCUAGCAUGUAUUGGGUUCCUGAAGCAUCACUCCACACCUGUGAAUGAAGCAGAUCUCUAACAAGAGUAUCUGUGAUAACACACAGACACAGUGCUCCAUUAGAUGAGGGGACAGUGCUGUCACACAAGAUUUACAACAGCCUUUUUUUUUUUUUGGCUUGAAGUGAGCUCUUCUGUUCAAUAUUUGCUCUCUGCUGCUCAGACUAAUAUUUGUAAAUGUGUAUUAUCUCUGAGGUUGGGCAGCAGGUUUCUAUCAAUGUGACUGUAAUGCAAAUAGUAAUUAUUCAGGUACAUAGCAAAGCUAGUGAAGUCCAAACUGAGUUGACCCUGUGAGACUUUGAAAAUUUAAAAUCAGUGAUUUAUCCAUUGGAAUACAGUGAACAGAAGUCUUCUUAAGUCCUAACAGAAGGUUAUUUUCUUUCAGAGCCCUUUGGUGAACUUUGAAAAUUCCUAAUGAUUAAGAAUAUACACCAAGAAAACUUGUCCUAGGAAACUCCACUGGUGUUUUAGGGAUUUAUUCAAUACUCGCACAAUGCAUGCCCACAUGGAGAAAUUACUGCUGUUGACCAGGAGUCUUUUCCAAAGAAAACAGAUUGUAAACAACAUUCAUGUUGUUUCUCAUACAUAGAACACAAGGAAAACAUCUUUGCUGUGAGAAAGCCUCUAUACAGAUUGCAGGAUUUUCUUUAUCAUUCCUUGUUCCAAAUACAGCAGUUCUGGAAAUGAUUCUCCCCCACAUAUAUGAUUUCAGCCAUCUAUGGAAGGUACUGUGUAACUGUGAUCUUGAGAGGGAUCAUGAGGCAACAUUUCAACAGUCAAGGUUUUGGUCGGAAGGAUGUAGUCGAGUAUUUACUUCAAAGCGGUGCCAAUGUCCACGCGCGAGAUGAUGGAGGCCUUAUUCCUCUUCACAACGCUUGCUCCUUUGGUCAUGCUGAAGUUGUCAAUCUCCUCUUGCGACAUGGUGCAGAUCCUAAUGCUCGGGAUAAUUGGAAUUACACUCCCCUUCAUGAAGCUGCCAUUAAGGGCAAGACAGAUGUCUGCAUUGUACUCCUGCAGCACGGUGCUGAACCAACUAUCCGGAACACAGAUGGAAGAACAGCUUUGGAUUUAGCAGACCCAUCUGCAAAAGCAGUGCUGACUGGUGAAUACAAGAAAGAUGAGCUCUUAGAAAGCGCCAGAAGUGGAAACGAAGAAAAGAUGAUGUCUCUUCUUACACCAUUAAAUGUUAACUGUCAUGCAAGUGAUGGCAGAAAGUCUACUCCUUUACAUUUAGCAGCUGGGUAUAACCGUGUAAAAAUAGUCCAGCUUUUACUGCAACAUGGGGCUGAUGUACAUGCUAAGGAUAAAGGAGAUUUGGUGCCACUUCACAAUGCCUGUUCCUAUGGUCAUUAUGAAGUAACAGAGCUUCUAGUAAAGCAUGGAGCAUGUGUGAAUGCAAUGGAUCUGUGGCAGUUCACCCCUCUGCAUGAAGCAGCUUCUAAGAACAGGGUGGAAGUAUGUUCUCUUUUGUUAAGUUAUGGUGCUGACCCAACACUGUUGAACUGUCACAACAAAAGCACCAUUGAUUUGGCUCCAACACCCCAAUUAAAAGAACGAUUAGCAUAUGAAUUCAAAGGUCACUCACUGCUACAGGCUGCAAGAGAAUCAGAUGUAGCUCGUAUAAAGAAACAUCUUUCUUUGGAGACAGUGAACUUCAAGCAUCCUCAAACGCAUGAAACAGCAUUGCACUGUGCUGCCGCUUCUCCGUAUCCAAAGAGAAAACAAGUGUGUGAAUUGCUGCUGAGAAAAGGAGCCAACAUCAAUGAAAAAACAAAAGACUUCUUGACUCCUCUGCAUGUGGCAUCAGAAAAGGCUCAUAAUGAUGUCAUUGAAGUAGUUGUGAAACAUGAAGCUAAGGUUAAUGCAUUAGAUAAUCUUGGCCAGACCUCUCUUCAUAGAGCAGCACAUUGUGGUCAUCUUCAGACCUGCAGGUUGCUGUUGAGUUCUGGAUGUGAUCCUUCCAUUGUCUCUCUGCAGGGCUUUACAGCCUUACAAAUGGGGACUGAAAGUGUUCAACAACUUCUUCAAGAAGGUAUCCCAUUAGGAAAUUCCGAUGCAGAUCGACAGUUGCUGGAGGCUGCAAAGGCUGGAGACGUGGAUACUGUAAAAAAACUAUGUACAGUUCAGAGUGUGAACUGCAGAGAUAUUGAAGGACGUCAGUCUACACCUCUUCAUUUUGCAGCUGGAUAUAACAGGGUGUCUGUUGUUGAGUAUCUUCUUCAGCAUGGAGCGGAUGUACAUGCAAAAGAUAAGGGAGGACUUGUCCCUUUACAUAAUGCUUGCUCAUAUGGUCACUAUGAAGUGGCAGAACUUCUGGUUAAACAUGGUGCAGUUGUCAAUGUAGCUGACUUGUGGAAAUUCACUCCUUUGCAUGAAGCUGCAGCAAAAGGAAAAUAUGAGAUUUGCAAACUCCUGUUACAGCAUGGAGCUGACCCUACAAAGAAAAACCGAGAUGGAAAUACUCCUCUAGACCUUGUUAAAGAUGGUGAUACUGAUAUUCAGGACCUACUGAGGGGAGAUGCAGCCCUGCUAGAUGCUGCGAAGAAAGGUUGUUUGGCCCGAGUCAAAAAGCUGUGUUCACCAGACAAUGUCAACUGUCGGGACACGCAAGGACGGCACUCAACACCACUACAUUUAGCAGCUGGUUACAACAAUUUGGAGGUUGCAGAGUAUCUGUUACAGCAUGGAGCAGAUGUGAAUGCACAGGAUAAAGGAGGUUUGAUUCCUCUGCAUAAUGCGGCAUCUUAUGGGCAUGUUGAUGUAGCAGCUUUACUUAUAAAGUAUAAUGCAUGUGUGAAUGCUACGGACAAAUGGGCUUUCACACCUCUGCAUGAAGCAGCCCAGAAAGGAAGGACACAGCUUUGUGCCUUGUUACUGGCGCAUGGGGCUGAUCCUACUCUGAAGAACCAAGAAGGACAAACGCCAUUGGACCUGGUCACUGCAGAUGAUGUCAGCGCAUUAUUGACCGCAGCGAUGCCUCCUUCCGCCUUACCGACUUGCUACAAGCCUCAGGUUAUAAGUGUGUCUCAGACUACAGGUUCUACAGCUGAUUCCCUGUCUUCUGUACCAUCCAGUCCAUCCAGUUUAUCUGCUGCAAGUAGUCUUGACAACCUGUCUGGUAGUUUUUCUGAACUUCCUUCUGUUGUUGGUACAAACAGUUCAGAGGGAGCUACUGUUCUGGAGAAGAAAGAAGGUGUAGAUUUUAGCAUAAAUCAGUUUGUGCGGAACCUUGGCCUUGAACAUCUAAUUGACAUUUUUGAAAGAGAACAGAUAACACUGGAUGUUUUGGUUGAAAUGGGACACAAAGAAUUGAAGGAAAUUGGAAUUAAUGCUUAUGGCCAUAGGCAUAAAAUCAUUAAAGGAGUUGAAAGACUAAUUUCUGGACAGCAAGGACUUAACCCAUACCUGACUCUAAAUACGUCAGGUAGUGGAACAAUCCUCAUAGAUCUUUCCACUGAAGAUAAGGAGUUUCAGUCAGUAGAAGAGGAGAUGCAGAGCACUGUCCGAGAGCACAGAGAUGGAGGACAUGCAGGCGGAGUCUUCAAUAGAUACAACAUCUUGAAGAUUCAGAAAGUGUGCAACAAAAAGCUCUGGGAAAGAUACACACACAGAAGGAAAGAAGUCUCUGAAGAGAACCAUAACCAUGCUAAUGAGAGGAUGCUGUUUCAUGGCUCCCCAUUUGUGAAUGCAAUCAUUCACAAAGGCUUUGAUGAGAGACAUGCCUAUAUAGGUGGCAUGUUUGGAGCUGGGAUUUAUUUUGCUGAAAACUCUUCUAAAAGCAAUCAGUAUGUAUAUGGAAUUGGAGGUGGCACUGGAUGUCCAAUUCACAAAGACAGAUCCUGUUAUGUUUGCCACAGGCAAUUGCUGUUUUGUCGUGUAACACUGGGCAAGUCUUUCCUGCAGUUCAGUGCUAUGAAAAUGGCUCAUUCUCCCCCAGGACAUCACUCAGUUACUGGGCGACCCAGUGUAAAUGGAUUGGCAUUGGCAGAAUAUGUCAUUUAUAGAGGAGAGCAGGCUUAUCCCGAAUACUUGAUUACUUACCAGAUUAUGAAACCUGAAGCCACCACUGAAGGUUAAGACAAAUUACUUGUGGGAAACCAUCAGACUUGAGAUGCGAAGAUACCAAUGACUGCCAUCCUGUUAAUUAAUGAGUUGUUGAAAAUCUUUCAUCCACCGGUGGUGUGGUAGCAAAUGUGAACAAAAUAUACCAAUUUUAACUUGAUAAAGCUUUAAUAUGUACAGUAUGUUUUUCUAAAAUUUCAGAAAUGUCCUCUUUUUCAGCACUUUAACAGAUACCAUUCCAGGCAUAAACUGGGGUUUGGCUGUACUAAAUUAUAAACAGAAAUUAACUUGAAACAAUGUUUUUAUACAAAACUACAUUGAAAUUUAGCAGAAAUUUUAAUGCUCUAUACAGGAACUCAUUUUACUAAUAUUGUGUUCUUUAAAACACUGCAUUUACACUGAAAAUGUUUUCAUUUGUAAAACUGUAAAUAAGAGCUUUUGUACUAGCCUGGUAUUUAUUUACAUUGCUUUGUAAUAUAAGUGUUUUACAGCUGCAGCCUUGUACAAAAUGUUUUUUCCAGAUGUUGGUUUGUUCAUCUGUGUUUUCUCAUGCACAGUAGAUUUGAAAAGCCAAUUUUUUUUCAGGGUCUAUCGUUUAAUUAUGAGGGUGAAAGCAAAUUUUGUCUGAAGAGGUGUAGAAAUACCUAACUUCAGAUUGAAUAGGCAAAUUUUUGUUCUGUGUUUUUUAAUUUAUGAAAUACACAUUCCUGAGAAUUAUGGGCUAUAAAAAUAGAAUACUGAAAAUAGAAUACAGCUGAAUACUGAAGUUUUUUUCCAGCUACUUUCUAGAGUUGCAGGUUUUAUUUCUGUAAAAUGUCUUCUGGAGUUUUUUAUUUAACUAUAGGUAUAGUUAACCUGUAUCCUUACUUCAAGGCUAGCAGACCUUGCAAGUUACAGUUUUAGUAAAUUAUUUUCUUUGAAUGUAGUUGGAAAAUUAACCUCAAGGAGGUCUUUCUUGAGUUCUUCUUGCUUACAUUUAAGCCAGGAAGUUAAGUAGUUUAUUCCUAAUAUGAGGGUAAACAACUUGGCCUUUUUUUAUGCUUAUUUGGUAAAUUAAUCUACCUUUUGGUGUCCUCAGGGUAUGAGUAUUGCGAGGUGAAAAUGUUAAAACCAUCCUGUCAUCUCUGGUGUUUUUCCAUGCUAACGUUCAAGCUGUAGUUGAAGCAGGUGCAUAGCAGCGUGUUUUGUCUGCAGUGCUGUUAGCUGAGUGCAGCUGGUCAGGGUGCAGGGCUCGAGCUGUGCUUACACAGCAGGGUGAGCAGCUCUUCCCCAGCAGCAGCAGCUGCCUUCAUUAUCCCUGGUAAGACCGCCAGUGGGGAGGAAGUGUACAAAAGGUACAGCCCCCUGUUCAAGUCUCAUUUUUAUUUCCUGAAUUCACCCAUUGGUUCAGUCAGCCCUGUGGUAGCUCUCGUGUCUGUUCUGCUUCUCUUCCAUCUGCAGUUUUUACCUACAUAUUUCAAAAAUAUGUAAAUACAAAUUAUAGUUCAUUUGGGUUUAAAGUGGUUAGGAGUAUAUUUUAGUUGUUUUAUAUUUCUACAUACAGGACACUGUCCCAGAAGAUGAUUUGUUUGCAGGGCAUGUGAUCAUACCCAUGGUUUUAAAUGUAGUAACUGGUCAAGAUAAUUAAAUUGCCUUGCUGAUGUGGUGGAUAUGUGAUGAUGCUCGAUGUAAAAAUGUAUUGAACCUUACCCAGUUAUGUGGGGAAUCUGAAUAAUAAGAUUUCGUAACUCUUGCAGAAAGUAAUAUUGGCUAUGAAUAAAAAGCUUUGAUUUUUAGGUACUUUCUGCCAGCAUGUUGCCUGUUCCUUAGGUAUAGUAAUGCUGGAAUUGGUGUUCAUGCAAACUCUAAGUAUGUUUAAAACCUUCUUGUUAUUGCUAAAAUACUUCAUUCUCUCUGAAUGAUCACUUAAUGUCUUGUAAAAUACUGUGGUAUGAUAGCGUUUAAAGUAGUACCACAAUGUUGGUUUUGUCUGGGGAUUUUUUUGAGCUUUUUUUUGCAUGACAUACCUUGCACUUCGAAGAUGAAAGCUGUAAUGAUUUGUUAAUACUGACUGUUGAGGUGAACCUUUAAUCUCUUGUGCAAUUAGUUCUGCUUUACUCAUCUUUAAGUGUCUUUACUUGUACUGUAUAACGUUCCAUAUCCAUUUAACACUAAAUAAAUUUAAUUCACUGGUUUUCUGGUA